AUGUUGCAGCUGCUACUUGCGACGAAAACUCGGCAGGAGCUGUUGCAGGACACCGGUGAUGCACAUGGAGCUGCACUCACUCGCUCGCUCACCACAUGGGACUUGCUGGCCAUCGGUGUGGGCUCAACGGUGGGCACAGGGGUGUUCUCCAUCACAAGCCAAGUAGCCGCGCAGCAGGCCGGUCCUGCCGUCCUGCUCUGUUGGUGCGCCGGUGGUGCUGGCUGCAUGCUUUCCGCGCUCGCCUACAUGGAACUCUCGGCAAGGCUGCCUGUGGCGGGAUCUGUGUAUGCGUUUGCAUACCAUGCUCUGGGAGAGGUCUUUGCCGUGGUCGGUGCGGGCUGCAUUACUCUGGAGUAUGGGAUCUCUGCUUCCGCUGUGGCUGCAAACUGGGGUGACAAGUUCAGGACUCUGGUGGCCUCGCUGGGAGCACCAUCCUUUGCUUCCCAUCUUACCACGAAGAUUGGCCCAGCGACACUGUCAUUGCCAGCGCUGGUAGUUCUCUUGCUGGUCACCGCAUUGGUCUAUGUUGGUGGAGAUCUGGGAAAGCGUUUCGCACGAGUUUCGUCGGCCUUGGCGGUGCUCUUAAUCCUCCUGAUGGUCCGGGACCCGGGAGAAGAGCUCCCCGAGCUUUCAAUGCAGUUGAUUUCGGAAAUGCUGAGCAAUUUGUCAGAGAUGGAUCCUUGCGGCAGCACAGACCAUGGCAUGUUCAGCGUUGCAGCAUCUUCAGAGCCGCUAGGAGCUCGCCUUAUCUUAUCUCCAAGAACGGGUGUAAACUCUGUGCUGGUGAUGCACAGCAACUAG